AUGUCUGGCAUCAUCCACAAGAUCGAGGAGACGCUCCACAUGGGGGGCGACCACAAGAAAGAGGAGGAGCACAAGAAGGAGGAGCACAAGAAGGCCGAGGAGCACCACAAGAAGGACGGGGAGCACAAGGAGGGCAUCGUGGAGAAGAUCAAGGAUAAGAUCACCGGCGAGCACGGCGAGAAGUCCGGCGAGCACAAGGACAAGGACCACAAGGAGAAGAAGGAUAAGAAGAAGAAGAAGGAGAAGAAGCACGGCGAGGGCCACGACCAUGACGGCCGCAGCAGCAGCAGCAGCGACAGCGACUGA